AUGUCGGCAUCCUUAGCCCCAGAGUGCAACGAAGUCAAAGAACGAUACGACAACUGCUUUCUUAAAUGGUAUAGCGAAAAGUAUCUGCGUGGCACAGCCACUACCGACGACUGCCAAGGGCUGUUCAAGCAGUAUGAGACAUGCCUAUCCAAAGUCUUGAAAGAAAAAGGCAUCGACAAUAUGCUCAAAGAGGCUCGAGAAGAUAACCGAGAGAACGACGCAGAACAUUUGCGACCAGUAAGAUCCCUAGGUGUAUUUGCCCAGGACAUUCACUCAUUGGUUCAGAAACGAUGA